AUGAAUGCAGGUGGCAAGAAUCGUAAUUUCAAGGUUCACGUGGAUCGCAGUCAAUAUCACAUUGGUCAGAAGAUUUUCCCGAGUCUUGAAGACCUUAUCCAACACUAUCGGACGCAUCCUAUCUAUAAAAAUGAUUCGGAAAAACAUUUUCUCAUCCGUGCUUUUCGACAUCCAGGCAUAGUUGCCUAUCCAGGCGUUUCACCGGACACCAUUGCAGCGCCCAUGGCUUCUGCAGAAAAGUCAAUUAACAUGACAAGCAUUACAUCUACUGCGGUAACGACCAUCUCCAUUUCACCUGUGGCGCAAACCUUUUCUGAUGGACUGGUUUCUGGCGCUCAUUCCAGUCUAGUUGGCGCUGCAAACGGUCAGCAAAGCAUUUAUUUGCGCUGA